GCGGGGCUAGAGCGAUUUCCGCCCGGAAGCGGUGUGGAGAGCGCGGCGAGGGGUGUGCCUCUGGUUCCCAGUCCCCACAGCUCUUUUAUCACCCCCGGGGUUGAGAUCCUACCCAGCCCUAUAGCCCAUCUCCGGCCGGCCGGGGUUUGCUUCUCGCCCCGGGACAGAUCAGGGUCCAGGCGAGGGUUUGGCGCGACCCUGUGGCCUCCUCCUCCUCCCCAUCCGUCCCUCCCGGCUCCUUCGCCGCUCCAGCCAUGGCACAGAAGCCCAAGAUAGACCCCCACGUCGGGCGGCUCGGGUACCUGCAGGCGCUGGUCACCGAGUUCCAGGAGACCGAGAGCCAAGACGCCAAGGAGCAAGUCCUCGCCAACCUCGCCAACUUCGCCUACGACCCGGGCAACUACCAGUAUCUGCGGCAACUGCAAGUCCUCGACUUAUUCCUCGAUUCGCUGUCGGAAGAGAACGAAACCCUGGUGAAGUUUGCCAUUGGGGGCCUCUGCAACCUGUGCCCGGACAAGGCCAACAAGGAGCACAUCCUACAGGCUGGAGGCAUCCCGCUCAUCACCAACUGUCUGUCCAGCCCUGACGAGGAGACGGUGUUAUCGGCUGUCACCACACUCAUGUACUUGAGCUCACGGGGCGCUGGCUCCCACCCGGAGCUCACCUCCUCGCCUGUGGUCCAGUGCAUGCUGCGCUUUUCACUCUCCGCCAACACAAGGCUCCGGAACCUGGCCCAGAUCUUCCUAGAGGACUUCUGCUCCCCGAGCCAGGUGGCUGAGGCCCAAAGCCAGCAGGCCCAUUCUGCCCUGGGUAUCCCACUGCCAAAGACCAAGGCCCCACAGCAGCCCUGAUCCAAGGAGACCCCAAGACCCUGCCACUUUCUGCCUGAAACCAGUGCUGACAUGGGCAUAGGAAGCAGAGGUUGAGCCCAUCCUGCCCAAGUGGUGCCUGUUGGGCUGUGUACAAGGUGCAGUACUGGGCACAGCAGUUAUUUGCAGCUAGGAAAAGCCGUAGGAGUGAAGAAGCCAGACUUAAGGCACUUAGAGGAGAAAACCAAAGCUGGCAUGGCUUUUGUGGACUGGCGAUCUCAACAAACUACAGGCAGAAAACCACCUCCGGUGCCCAGCUGACACCCGCGUGUAAAAGCUUCGCAUAGGGUAUACUCGAGCAGCUGCUGGAACCAAGACUCGGGAGAGUCGCCAGUAGCGUGAGUGUCCAGAGUAACUCUGAUGGCUGAGGUUGGUCUGCCUUGUCGCAGGAAGGUGCUGUGGGGUAGGUAACUCCUCCAGUCCUGAGGCUGGGCACUUGGGCACAGCAGAAACAACUGUCAGCACAACCCAGCCCCUGCCAGCAAUGCCAAGAUGAAGUCUGCCCUGGGUGCCACACCUCAGAGACAUCAAGGGCAAGGCCCUCCGGGAGUUAAAAGCAUAAUAAAGACAGGAGCUCGGGGCUGGAGAGGUGGCUCGGAGGUUAAGAACACUGACUGCUCUUCCAGAGGUCCUGAGUUCAAUUCCCAGCAACCACAUGGUGGCUCACAACCAUCCAUAAUGAGAUCUGGCGCCCUCUCCUGGCCUGCAGACAUACAUAGAGGCAGGAUGUUGUAUUCAUAAUAAAUAAAUAAAAUCUUAAAAAAAAAAAAGACAGGAGCUCACUGUGGAGGUGCACACCUUGUCCCUUUGAGUCCCUACACAGGACCGAGACAGUGACUUUUGCUCCCUUUGUGACCAGGCUGUGGACCCCUCAGGUACCAGCUGCCACCUGUGGCAUCUCUGUGCUUCAGAAAAGUUGCUCUGGCCCCCUCUCCCUGGCCUCAGAUCUCCUGACACUAGGAUGGGAGCCUUGAAUGCAAACCCUUCCAGGCUGUCCAGAUCUGCUUCCUGCCCUUGUCCCAGCAGCCUCCAGCCUCCAAACCGGUUAGGACUCCGAUGCAGAUCUCCAGUAAAGACACCUAGAAACCAGAUGCCAGUGUGGAUGUCUGAAUGCUAACAAAAGAGCGCAGUGGCUUAAACCUGUAGUCCUGUCACUUGAGCAAGAGGCAGGGGGAUGGCAUGAGUGGGCUAUGGGUAAGAUCCUGUCACAAAAGGAAGAAACAGGGUCCCACUGAUGUCUGAAGGACAGCAGGACCCUGAAGUGGUAACGCCCCCCCCAUGCCAGUGGAAAGAAAAAAUGAAACUGGGGCAAAGGUGGUCUGACCUGAUGAGAAGUUGGGGUUCAGGAAAAUGGGGGUGCUGAUCUCAGCACUGCCCCCUUGUGUUAGAGGAAGGAGAUCUAAGGGAUGUGGGGCUGUCCCCGCAGCCCUGGAUGAGGGAAGAAAGUGGGUUCUUUUAUCAGAGUCUCAGCUCUCCACCCCACCCCAGGGCACGGACGUUUUCUCUCCUGAGAGGUCUUCAAAGAACCAAAGCCUUGCUUUUAGUCUUUAUUUUUAUUAAAAGCCUCCUAACUGA